UCUCAGACCUCUGGCUGGACAGGAACAGGCCAUGGUCAACCAAAGCUCCCCAGCGGGCUUCAUCCUUCUGGGCUUCUCUGAACACCCACAGCUGGAAAAGAUUCUCUUUGUGGUUGUCUUGAUUUCCUACCUCCUGACCCUGGUGGGCAACACACUCAUCAUCCUGCUCUCUGUGCUGGACCCCAGACUCCACUCCCCAAUGUACUUUUUCCUCUCCAACCUCUCCUUCUUGGACCUCUGCUUCACUACAAGUUGUGUCCCUCAGAUGCUUGUCAACCUCUGGGGCCCCAAGAAAAUGAUCAGCUUCCUAGGUUGUUCUGUCCAACUCUUCAUUUUCCUGUCUCUGGGGACCACUGAGUGCAUCCUCCUGACAGUGAUGGCCUUUGACCGCUAUGCAGCUAUCUGUCAACCACUCCAUUAUGCCACCAUCAUCCACCCCCGCCUGUGCUGGCAGCUGGCAGCUGUGGCCUGGAUCAUUGGGCUGGUGGAGUCAGUGGUCCAGACACCACCCACCCUCCACCUGCCCUUCUGUCCCCACCAUCAGGUGGAUGAUUUUGUGUGUGAGGUCCCAGCUUUAAUUAGACUCUCCUGUGGGGACACCACCUAUAAUGAGAUCCAGAUGGCUGUUGCAAGUGUCCUUAUCUUGGUUGUGCCUCUCAGCCUCAUCCUUGUUUCUUAUGGUGCCAUUGCCCGGGCAGUGCUGAGGAUUGACUCUGCAGGGGGGCGAAGAAAAGCCUUUGGGACCUGCUCUUCCCAUCUCAUUGUGGUCACUCUCUUCUACAGCUCAGUCAUUGCUGUCUACCUCCAGCCCAAAAAUCCCUAUGCCCAAGAGAGAGGGAAGUUCUUUAGUCUCUUCUAUGCAGUGGGCACACCUUGUCUUAACCCUCUCAUAUACACCCUGAGGAACAAGGAUGUGAAGAGGGCAUUCAGGAGGUUGCUCAGGAGACAAGUGGAGACCAGACAAAUCUGAGACAGCUGCUUAGUGUGUU